UCAACGUGGAGUACACGAAAUGUGUUUUGAAUCUGCACAGCCAGUCAGGAUCCCUAUACAUGGCUGCCAUUCGUUGUAUAAAACCUUAUAGGUCGUGAGAUUGGUGUUUGUUUUUAGGACCACGAUGCCAGGAGACAGCCAGCCCAAAACUGUUGCAAUCGCUGCCGACGCGACUUCUGGAAACUGUCAAAAUUGCUCUGUUUUGCAUCAGAGUUUGACGGAAUAUGUGUCAUCAUUCCUGGCACUCAAGCAAAAGAUCAUCGUUUCGGAUGACUCAAUCCGGCUGAAACAACAACUGGAGGAGCUUCAGAUUCAAUUGGUUACUUUGAAGAAAAGGACCGAAGAUUAUGAAUCUGUGCAAGAUGAGUUGGAAGAAAAAAAGAGGAUUCUUCGCGGCUAUGAACAAAUGUCUGAGGAAGUUGAGAAGUUGAAGCAGGAAAACAAUAAUACACUGGCUGAGAAACGGAACCUUGAUAACCACCUAAAGGAUACUAAAGAGCGCAUGGAAAACCAGUGUCUUGAAAAUGCCCGACUGAAGAGGGAAAAGGCCACGUUGGAAAAUGAUUUACUGACAGCACGACUGUCCUUGCAGAAAUCCCAAGAAAAGGCUGAUCAACUGGAACAACUGAAAGAGGAUCAUGCCAAGAUGACAAGCAUAAAGGACAACCUUGCAAAUAAGCUUGCACGGCUAGAAGAAUCAUUUUCUCAAAAGAAUAAUCAAAUAACCCAGCUUACUAAAGAGAAGCGGCUGCUGGAAAUAAACAUUGAUGGCGUCCAGGCAAGACUUUUAAAACUUGAGAAAGAAAGAAAGAAAGAAUAUAGGAGUGCGUCAACUCAAGCAACACCACCUCCAGAACAUAAAGUUGACAAAGUAAAGGUUCAGAUGCUUCUCCAACAUUUGUGGGCUUGUGUAGAACCGCAACACCAGCAACCAGCAAACGUCUUGCACUUACAUGAAUUCAACUCCAAUGCCAAGCAAUUAUUGAGCACUUCUCCCCAAAGCACGCACAUUCCUCAGAAGGUUGAAUCCCAGUUCCCUGUCAACAGCAUCAGGGAAGUCCAAAAAUCCACCACUCAGACCAAAAUGACUAACACAAAGUUGAAAGCCUCUCCAUGCGCAAAGACCACCAAGGAACCAGCACCUCCACAACCAACUAGGGGCACAAAGCAAAAACAAAAACCCAGUCCAACAACCAACAAGCACUUCUCCCGGGAAGACAAACCAAAGGAGCCUUGUGACACCUCCAGUCCGUAUGAGAUAUUGGAAUGGUUUAAGCCGUUGCGUCCUUGCCUAUCUCCACUAUCAGACACUGAAAAAGGAGCAGAGCUUAUGGAGACUGAGCACAGAGAAACACCCAAGAGUGUCCCACUUGGCGAACACAGCUUUCAUCUUAAUGAAGUGGACUUGGUCCUUUCAACCGUAAAACCUCCUUCACCAAUAGUUAAGGAAAGUGCAGGCUUAUGUGAUGUCACAACACAUGAAAUGGAAUGCUGUUCCAGUGAACAUAUUAACACAGAGCUGAAAGAUGAAAGGCUCAAUACGGAGGGUGAGAACAUGCAGAGUACUUUGGAGCAGUCGGUAUUCUUCUCUUCAUCAGAAACCGCAGUUCCGGUUCAGAAUGCCCCAUCAAGCACAGUUGGAAAGGAGCCAAGCUGUGCGGAAGGUAUCAUCCAAGAAAGCGUCCACUGUAACGCUACAGAUUCACGAGAAGAAGACAAAGUAAACAAUGGUGAGUCAACAGUUAUUAGCAAGGUGAACAUUAGCGAAAUCCAAGCCAAUGUUUGUGAGGAAUCUCCCAAAGCAAGCAACUUGGUGGUCAAGGAGGAAGAAAUGGAUGUCCAGUCAAUUAGUUUGAUCAACUCCGGGCAGACCACAGAUAAUUCCAGUAAGGAACAUGCAUCUGAAAGUAAGAGUAACAAUCAGGACUCAAGCUGUGUUGCACAGGGAGCUCAGGAUGGCAAAGUCUUAAAUUGCCAGGAGAAUGCAGAGCACCAAGGAGAAGACGUAGAAAUGCGACAAGACAAACGUUGUAUAUCAGCCUGUGACACCAGCGGUAAUGUCGCCAGGACAGAACGUGUCGGCGGGGAAGAAAAGAAGGCAGUCUCUUUUGCUGACAAAAUGGAGGAAGAAGCACAGGAGACUGUCGGCGGUAAGGGAACGAUUUCUCCCAGCGAUCCGAGUAGCAUUACAUUGUCACCUCCAAUGUCGAGGAUUAAUAAUACAGAUGGAAGCAAUGUGUGCCAUAUACCUUGUGUUAUAACAACUCCAAUGCCGGAAGACGCAUUGCAUGAAAAACACAAAAAAUCUGAUCUUGGGAUUUGUCUUCCAGACACAACAUUCAACACUUCAAAAGAAAAUACACAUAUGCUAUGCAGUCAGUUGAGUCUUUCUCAUCUGAAACCUCAUGCAAACAAGGAUUGCGCAGCUAAACUAAAACCACAAGAAAUUCACCUCAGUGGAAUUGACAAACACCUUUCAAACAGCAAACAACCCACACAGGCAUCAGCGGCUUUAGAGGAGGACGUGCUUGCAGUCAAAGACUCAACUCAAGACAUUUCAUGUGAUGGUCAAGCAGUCGGCACUAUGAAACUGACUGCUACAGAAGUGAAUGGACAGGACAAAUCUGACCGGUCUACUGAAGUGCUGGAUGAACCACAUCAUGACAUAAUCAUAGGAGGGGCCUCCACAGCUGGCUCGGUGACAUCCGAGUCAUCUGAGUCCAUAGGCCAAGUUCGCACAGAAAUGGGUCCUCCGCUCCCUCCUGUCAUCACCCCUUUGAUGACGCCUCCAAAAGCAGGAAAACCAAUCAGUCCACGGCAAGCCAUCGAAAAGCUUUCAUUUCCCUCCCCAGUGGGUAGACUAGCUUCUCCUACCUCUCCCGUUCAGACUCUUGUGACUCCCAGUAAUCCGAAUGUGAGGUCAUCGUCAUCUCUCGGCAGUCCCGUUCCCACUAAUGGAGUCCCCUCCUCACCUCUUCAGUUUGGCUCUGCCACCCCAAAGCAUGCUGUGCCUGUCCCAGGUCGCCUGCCUGCUGCAGUCACUUCCUCACCUUCUGCAGCCGCCUGUCCAUCCCAGGAAAGUUCAAUGAGGAUUCUGGAUAGCAUGUACCCAGAACUCUCUGCACGUGCCCGCACGCUGAGCAUCCUUAGGGGGAAUCUCGGUAUCAGUUCUUCAGAAAGCAGAGCCUCACCCCAAACGACUGACAGUCAGACAUCGAGUUUUAAAAGCAUCUCUUCGGCGUCAACUGUUUUCAUCAAGGCUGAGACGAGAGGAGAAAAACGACCUGCCACUGACUUGCCUCAGCCUAAAAACAGCAAGUUUCCCCGGGUGGACAGCAGCUCUCCAGAUGACAUCCACAAAGCGGCGCCUCCCUUCCCGACCAACAGUGGAGAGGAGUCCACAUCGCCUCAGACUCCAAAGCUCAGUCAAAUUGAAAAUACGAAAAACGAUCCAUCAAUCGAGGAUGAAGAACCUGUUGAGGAAAAUACUAUUGUUUGCUUUUUGAAGAGAAUUGAACACCAGGUCUUUGACCUGAUGCCUGUACUCCAGAGCUACCUGUUUGUUCGUAAACUGCCUCAAAAACCUAUCCUGAGAGAAGAGGAGAAGGAAGUCGUCUCAGAGAUUUGUCACAAGAGCUUGGCAGAUGAUAUGAUGUCGGCCAUCUUGAACAAACUCAAGACAGAGAAGAGUGACCUGUGCAAAAAAUAUAUGCAGGCCCUCUGCAGAGUCUACACAGCCAUCUGUCGACAGAAGACAGACUUUGAAAAGGCUCAUAUCCUGGCUUACAGCUUGCUACUAGAAGAUUUCCCGGAUUGCUCCAAGCUGAUUUUGUUUAUGGUGACAACAUGGCCCGGUGUUUUGUCUCAUAGCAGCUUCCUCUGCCAAGCCAUACACACAGUCACCAAACUUAAAGCGACCCCUGAUCUCUCCAAGUGCCUCUCAGAAUACCUUGGAUGGGAAAAGAGUCCCCCUUGUGACAUUGACGUGCUAAUUGCCAGGACGCUGUCUGAGAUGCGCUCAAGUUCAACGUUGUCCUUCACGAAAAACAGUCGAUACGGUGAAGACCUGGGAACUGAGGCUUGGGAGCACGUCUUCACUAUGCAGCUCCUCUGUGCACACAAGUCAUGGAAGUGGAGCUAUGAUAAUAUCUUGAGUAAAGAGUUAUGGCCAAUAAUGAACACUUGGGUGUCACAGUCCAGAGACCAGCAAGUGCCCAUCUCAAACGUGACUGUGGCAACUGUCCUCCGUCUCAUAGGCCGCCUUGGCCAACUGGGAAUCAAAGAGAAGAGCAUGUCUUCAGUGUUAACAAUCGCCAAUGUCAUCAAUACAUUUGGUAGGCACGGCCAGAUUGAAGGUGUGCCCUGGCCGGUGCAGUUAGCAGCCGUGUACUGCAUCCAUGACCUGUCUCCAUGCAACCCCAAAGAAGCCCUGGAAGCUCUUGCAGAGUGGCGAGGAGAAGCAUCACAGAGCGUUCCCUCUGCUGUCACCAGCAGCAUGAACCAGCUGGCCUCGGUCUGCAGGCGAGCCAACAACAAGUGAUGCGUGCUUCAGGAAGUUCAAGUGUGUUGCACCUCUACCAAAAUAUGAUUUCCACUACUGCCUAUUUCAAACAGCUUCUGUUGGAAGAGGUCAUUUAAGCUACAUAGUAACUUCAAUGGCAUCCCUGGGGGAGCUAGAAAAAAGCACUUGCGAACUGACCCUUACUGUGCCAGUUUACUCACUCAAGACCUCCUAAGAGCUAUUUUGAGCUAUUUUGAGAAGUUGUACACUAGUCCAGUCAUGUCUGGACAUUUUGUUGAUUUAAAAAUGUAUUAUGUCUACUUUGGGGGGAAUGGAGAAAUUGAAAUGGCAAAUGCGUAAUAUUUUUUAUAAUUAUUUUGGCUUAACUAUUUUAACUCUUCACUCUUUGUUGCAAAUAAAUGUACAUACAGCCAUUAUGUUAUGCUCGGGUAAUAUUUUUAAAUACGGGUAAUGGUUGUGUUUUGGUUUGACUGGGGUGUUGUUGCAAAUGUAGCUUGUACAUAUAAAUUGUGUCUCCGUCAAAGAAAAACAAGACCACCCCAUACUAAAUGUUUGCACUGUUUCAGAGAAUAUUUACUUUUACUAUUAAAAUUUCUACAUAUUGAACAUAA